AACAUCUGUGUUAGGGUUUUCCAACAGUUAAUAGCAGUUUAUAUAUAAGAAAAGUGCGCAGUAUUCAAUCUAACUUAUUGAAUAUUGUGGUAAAGUUGUAAUUUGUGUAAAUAAAUUUGGGAAUAAAUGUAUUAGUUGGUUUUGUCUAAGUGACUGGCGUCAAAAUGUGCGGAGGAUUCACUUGUUCAAAGAAUGCAUUGAUUGCAUUAAAUAUUCUUUAUGUGGUGGUGGCUAGCAUUCUGAUAUCAGUGGCAGUGUAUGGGCAGGCAUCGUCACUGGUCACCAACCUGCCAAUAGUUGGUGGUAUCCUGGCAUGUGGUGUAUUCCUCAUACUGAUUUCCCUGUUGGGGCUUCUUGGAGCAGUUAAACAUCACCAAGUUAUGCUGUUUUUUUACAUGGUGAUUCUGUUUCUUCUGUUUUUAGUUCAAUUCUCAGUGGCAUGUGCCUGUUUAACCGUCAAUUCAGAUCAUCAGGAAAUGUUGGCUCGGCAAGGAUGGAACAAAGUGAAUAUGGAUGUGAAAGAGCAAGUUCAGGAAAGGUUCCAAUGCUGUGGCUUCCAGAGUCGAGCACCUGAGAAUGGUACCGCUGAACACCCUUCUUGUGACCUUGUGGAUAAAAUCUGCUGUGCAAAUAUGCUUGAUGCUCCAAAUUGUCAAUGUGACCCAUGUAUGGGCAGGUUGAAACAGACCAUUGAUUAUGCAUUCAAGCUGUGUGGCGGCAUAGGACUAUUUUUCAGUUUCACUGAGUUAUUCGCUGUAUGGCUCGCCCGACGAUACCGCAACCAGCCCGACCCUAAUUAUAAGGAACCUCAUGCUAUUUUCCCUAGAAAGAAUUACCUGUAUUGAAGUGUUGAUUUUAGAACUGUAAUAUUCCUGCAGACUGAUUUAGUGAAAUUGUUUUUUUUUGUAGUACCAUUUCUUCCAUAUUUUACAUAUAGCGACAAAGGUCAGAAAUAAUUCACAUAACAAUCCCUAGAAGUUCUAGUUUCAUUUAGAGAAUACAAAGUUUGAGAUUAUUCAUGCAUUAUAAUGUUUGUUUUAAAAAGUAGGACUAAUACUAUUAUUUUCUUAUG